AUGGCUGACGCCUCCAAGUUGCAUCCUGCAACUACCGUCACCAAUAUCAAAUCAUGCAUUCUUAUUGUGCUUGACUACGAAGGAAGCCAAUACAAUAACUGGGCUACCCUCUUCAAGCUCCAUUGUCGUGCAAAUUUAGUGAUCAACCACAUCCUACCUCUUGCCUCCCCCACCGUGCCACCACCGGCAACUGCAGUCGAAAAACUUGCUGCUAAGGCCCUAUGGGAACGGCUAGAUGACAUUGUUUGGCAAUGGAUAUAUGGUACGAUAUCGAAUGAUCUUCUCAACAUGAUCAUUCAUCAAGAGGACACCGCAGCCGAGGCUUGGGACCGCCUUGUUCAUCUCUUUCAGGACAACAAAUCGGCUAGGGCUCUUGCUCUUAAUGCAAAAUUCACCAACACCAAAUUGGUGGAUUUUCCAAAUGUGAAAGCAUACUGCACCUGGCUGAAUGUUCUUGCAGACAACCUUGCCAACGUCGGUCACAAAGUUUCCGAUGAACGACUUGUGCUUCGUCUUCUGCGAGGGUUGUCGGAGGAAUAUAAAACUUUUCGCACGACGGUGCAGCAUCGUACUCCUCUCCCAUCUUUUGACGUUGUCAGGUCAAUACUUGAGCUUGAGGAAGAUAGCCAUGCCGAGGACGUCAUUCACGACUCCGGCUCGAAUGCUACUCUUGUUUCCCACAAUGUUAAUCCUCAGAAUUUCUCAAGAAAUGGACAUCCCAAUAAUUUUGAAAAAUAA